AUGACCUCCCCUGAACUGGAGGUGAACGUAUCGCAGGCGACCUCUGUGGCGUAUAUCAAUCCGGUGACCUUGAACAAGAUGACCCUAAUCGAUCUGGACUCAGCGUCCCAACCACCCAACGACUCCGCUGUCUCAUGUUCCUCCUCUCCGCUGGUAAUUGCUCCUCCACAGCUUCUUGCGGACCACGCGUCCUCCACCAUCAACUAUUCGCCGAAACACUCAAGAAAGCCCAGCCUGCUAUCAACGUCGCGUAACAUCAACAUGAAGCAGCUUCUGCUCAAUUUUCUGAGCUCCUCACCUUCUCCCUCGAGAGACCUGUCCUCCAGCGUCGCAAGUGAGGCUGUUUAUGGGCCUUCCAUCGCCAACGGCUCCCUCCAUGUGAGCCCGCCUCUGCGGGAACCAGCAAAGAAACCGCCUGCCCUAGCGAUUCCCCACCACCAACACGCAUCUGCGCCAUUAGUGACCCCUGUGGUCGCCCUGACGCCCUUGAUACCGCCGGCACCACCUCCACAGAAGACUCGAGGCCACUCGCUCCGUCUGCUGCCCGUGAUACCGCCCUCUGAGUUUCGCUUAGGCCUGCCUCCUGUUCCUUUCGCUCCUGGAUCUCCUGAAAUCGCCUUGCUGAGCCCCUUUGCCUUGGCCCAUCACCAACAUACCCACAAUAACGCAUCUGACUCGGUCUUUGACGAAGCUCCCCUGCUAGCUCGCCGGCAAGUUCAUCUGCACUCGCACCAAGACGCUUCAGGCAUCCAGUAUUACCCUCCUGAGGAGCUCCAGGAACAGUCGAGCCUACACGCCUACCCCAAUGGCCCUGCCAGGGUUUUAGAUAACAACUUGUUUCUAUAUCUGGACCCAAAGCACUCUUCGCGACCGGUGGAUGUCAAUGAUUACGAUUUGGUGAUCAACGUUGCCAAGGAUUGCACUAAUUUAUCGGAAGAGUUCGACACCAAGAAUGGCAAACGCACGUACCUUCACGUUCCGUGGUCCCAUACCUCGCUGAUUCUGAAGGAUCUUCCCAAGAUUACAGAGAUGAUCGCGCGUUACGAUAGGCCGGGGUUAAAAACGCUAGUGCACUGCCAAUGUGGCGUGCUGCGUUCGGCGUGUGUGGUGGUGGCAUACUUCAUGGUGAAAUUCCAUAUCUCUGUCAACGAAGCUUACGAGCUCUUGAAGUCUGGCACGGCCAAUACUGCAGAACCGUGCAACCGGCGCAUCGCCCAGCUUGGCCAUCACGUAGAUGCUUGCGAGCGCAUUUGCCCAAACAUGAGCUUAAUAUUUGAGUUGAUGGACUUUGACGAAAAUAGAAAAGAGCUGGCGAGCUAG